UGCGUUGCCGGGAGCCUCAGUGCACCGCUGAGCCUCUGAGCAGCCCCGGCUCUCACACACAGGGUCCAGAGGGUGAGCAGAGGGAGGGGAUGCCGGCAGGGUCUCCUGGUCAGUGCCGGCGGUGCCAACAGUGAUCGGGGGGCUGAAGGAGGGGGCCAGGUGGGCCAGAGAGUUUGGCUGAGGAGCUCAGGAAGACGGAGUCUGCAGGGGACACAGCUGGACAACCGGACGACGAUGAUGUCCCCUAAUAGCACCGGGCCGGACCAGAGGGCGGGUCCCCAAGAGGGAGCCCCACCGUCCCCCUGUGUGGCCGGGGUCUUCCCCAUCAUCUAUUACAGCAUCCUGCUGGGCCUGGGGCUGCCGGUCAACAUACUGACCGCGGCCGCUCUGGCCCGCCUCACCACCAGGACCCGGAAGGCCUCCUACCGCUACCUGCUGGCCCUGACCGGGGCCGAUAUCCUGACGCAGGUGGUCAUCGUCUUCGUGGGCUUCCUGCUGCAGGCCGCGGUGCUGGCCCGUCGGGUCCCCCAGGCCGUGGUCCACGCGGCCAACGUGCUGGAGUUCGCCGCCAACCACGCCUCCAUCUGGGUGGCCGUGCUGCUGGCCCUGGACCGCUACUCGGCCCUGUGCCGGCCCCUUCGGCACCGGGCCUCCUCCUCCCCCGGCCGCACCCGGAGGGCCAUCGCCGCCGUCUUCGUUGCCGCCCUGCUCACCGGCAUCCCCUUCUACUGGUGGCUCGACGUCUGGAGAGACGCGGACCCCCCGGACACGCUGGACACCUUGCUCAAGUGGGCCCACUGCCUCACCAUCUACUUCAUCCCCUGCGGCAUCUUCCUGAUCACCAACUCGGUCAUCGUCCACCGGCUGAGGCGGCGGGGGCGGCCCCGCCUGGGCAGGACCACCGCCAUCCUGCUGGGGGUCACGACGCUCUUUGCGGUCCUCUGGGCCCCCCGGACGGUCGUCAUGCUCUGUCACCUCUACGUGGCCUCGGUCAACAAGGACUGGCGAGUCCACCUGGCCCUGGACCUGGCCAACAUGGUGGCCAUGCUCACCACCGUCAUCAACUUCUUCCUCUACUGUUGCAUCAGCAAGACCUUCCGGGCCACUGUCCGCGAACUACUCCGCUCCUCCCGGCCCCCGGGCCCCGAGGCCCACGCGAGGGGCUCGGCCAAUGCGGUGCUCAAGCCUACGGGACUCCCCGAGGGGGCUUCCCCAUAAGCCUGGCAACAAAGGCCCUGGGCCUGGGGGGAAAGCUGGUAUCAGCACCCUGGGGCCUCAGCAUGGUGCCAGCUCUGACCAUCUUAGAGCAUGGCUCUUCCCAAUCCCGAGGUGCCCACGUUCCCACCCUCCCAUCAUCCUCCACGUGCAAAGGGUAGGCCCCGGCAGGGAUGAAUGACACCAAUUUAAAGCGGGCCCCUGGUAGAUUUCUUCUCUUGUCCUCUCCCCUCCAUCCUCCACUCCUUUCCCUCUUUUGGCAUCUUCUCUCGUUCCCCAGGGAUGUCAAUUUCCCAGAUAGAGAGACCACCCCCCCCUCAGUGGGCACUUGGGACAUUUUCGAGACUAUUGGAGAUCGGGCUCUUUGGGGAAAGCUCUGCUCUGAGGAAUGGGGACCUGGGGAGGAUCGGAAAGGGAACGGGGAAAGGGGAGGGUCCUUCUGGGAGUUGGGAAGAGGGCAGAUCAAAUUAGGAGGUCGAUUGGGGGUGACCCAAACCCCAACAGCCCCCAGACCUCAGCAGCCCAGAUGGCUCUAUCUAUUGCCCCCAAAUCUGGAGCCAGACAGAAAGCAGUCCGUGAAGGGGAGGCGGGGGCUGGGGACUGCUUGUGGGAAGGAGAACCCAGGUCCUAGUGCUCCCUCUUUCUUCUCCCACCCUGCCAUUACAGCCCCGUCACCGGGAACGGGAGAAGGAAAAGGGUGUCGCGUGAGGCUGGAAGAUGUGGCGAAGUCCCAAUCCCAGUCAGCCAGAGGCUGAUUCCAUCCUGUUAACUGGAAGUAGGCCUCUUCCCCUCUCCGAAAGGGCUGAAAACUUCCAAGGGGGCCCCCGGGUUUGGAACAUGAAGUCACUCUCGCUUUCCUCACAGAGCAGUUGACUCCUUCUCUCUCUCUUUCCCCGGGAUCCGGGGUCCCCUCUCCUCUUCCCCUUCUUUCCCUCCUGUGCUACCCAGAGAGGCAGAUGGAGAGAGAUUAGCAAAUGGAUUUCCAUCCGCCGUGGGUGCUGGGUAAACACAUUAGCCGCCAGUAUCACGGUUGCCUUCUUGCUGGGUGACGUGGUAGGAUCACCAAUCAUUUCCCUUUGUUUCCCUUCCUGGCUCCAAGCUUGGCCCCUUCCCUCACCCUCCACCCUUCAGAUCCGCUUUUCAUCUUGCUCUGGGCUUCUGGUUUCUGAUUUUACAAAGAAAAGCCAUAUUCCCUUAGCAUAACGAGGGGAAGGGGAGAGGAUCCCCCUUCAUUCACUUAAUUAUGCAUCCCCCCACCCCGUUAGACAGCCCCACAUAGGCCAGGGAUUUUAUCUGACCUCUUUUUUACUAUGUUCCAGACACCGUUCUGAGAGUUGGAGUAGCUACAAGGUAAUCGGGUCC